GUCAUGUGUAAAGAAGGAGAUUCUCAUUGGAGGCAAAGAGAAAGAAGAUUGCUAUGCAUGUUUUGAGAAGAAAGGGGGAAAAGGAAAACAAAAAAAGCAUCCUGCAUGCUGAAGCCAUCUUGGUCGCACUGCUGCACUCUGGACUCCAGAUCUGACCGAUAUUAAGUGGCUUUGGGAAAAAGCAUUAACAAGAGCGGAAUGAUGUCCUCCAAGUUGAAGUGGCUGAUUGUGAUCCAGUUCCUGCUGAAUGAACAGGCUCUGUGCAGGGUCCCACCUCCUCUGGCACUGAGAAACACUCGGCUCCCAGGACCUGACUUCCAUGGAGAGAUAGCCAAACAGGAUCAUCAGUCUAUCCUGGAAUCCCAACCCCAGCUCCCAUCUGCAGAAAAACCUGGUCCUGUAUCAGUGGUUGCACAAAAAGAGGAGAGAGUCCGAUCUGCCAAACAUAUAAUAUCAGACCUCAGGGCAAAGCUUCAGAGUCAGGUUCAAGAUCAUCUCCACAUUCAGGGUAACGUCAGCUGUGAGGAGCUGCUGUCUGCCAGCACCAUGGACGACCCAUCCUCCGCCAUAUUCCCCCAGGAGCUGCUAGGUCUCUCUAUAGUGCCUGUGUUGGUGGUGGCAGGCUGCCCACAGGAGGCGCAGACCCUGGUGCUCAACCUGUAUGACCUGCUGGGAGUGGCGGAUACAGAGGAGCUCCUGAUGGAAGUGGAGGGUCUGAUAGAGAGGAGGAUGAGCAAGUCUGCAUCUACACCUGCACCUGCAUCAGCAGCAUCGCCUUCAGAGAGGGAUCAAGCAGGGCGCCACAUAGAUGCUGUGAUGUUUAACAUCCAGCAGCUGGCCAUGGUGGAAGAAGGUACCUCCAAGCAGGAAGGGCAUUGUGAAGGCUGGACCAGGGUGAAUGGCACCAUGCUGGUUGGAACAGCAGUGGAAGGAGGCACAGGUGAUGUAGAGGAGGCUGUGAGCACCUGCGAGAGACUGGGAGUCCUGUGUGCUGGUGUGACCAGCAGUGGACUACUCAAACCUGGGAAGUACCAGGCAGUGUUUACGAAAGGUAGUCGCAUCCUGCCCGCUGAAUCCACAGAGUAUGAAUGCUGGAUCCGUCAGUGCAGUGAAGAGGAGGAUGUUUUGAUCUCCACAGCUUCAGGUCGACGGAUGAAGCGAAGCCCCCAGAGGAGCUGCAUCAACAAAAGUGAGGAGCGCGUGUACAACGUGGUGGAGUGGAUCCCUGCAGUCAGCACCCUCUACAACCUCGGCACAGCUGUGUAUUAUGCCUCAGUCAACUGCUCUGAAACAGCCAAGGAGAGAGCCAUCCUCAGUGCAGUUGACCUCGGCACGGAUGCUCUGAUGGUUGCCACAGGGGGGACUGCUGGGGUGGCCGGCUACGCGCUGGGUGCAGGGGUUAAGACCGGCGUGAAAGCUGGUGUCAGGUAUCUCCUCAACUCCAUGAAGCAGGAAGACGACGUUCUGGUGAACCAGUUCAGCUGGGAGGAGGGCGUCAUCACCAUCCAGUAGACUGCAGGAUCAAUAAAUCAACCUCUGAAGCUUAAGCAAUAAAUGUCAUUUGAAUUAGGUUGUACAUGUUUUAAAACAAUGAGGAUCAAUGUUUGUUAACUGACAUGGUUGAAGAGUAAUAAACUGGUUAUAAUCUAGAUUAUUUGGAGAACAAGAUUACACAUUAAUGUAUUAGUCAGUUCUGAAAGGGGGAAAACACUUUUUUGUUAGUGUGUUUGACUGCGCAAGCAAACUUGAUUUGAUACAAUAUUCAAAUUCAUUGAAGAUGAAGUCAGUUAGUUAUAACAGUAAGUAAGGUCAUAAAGUUUGAACCUGUUUACUUUUAGAAAAAUAGCUAUUUUGUGUCUGUAAUGAAUAAAAUAGUUGAACAAUUUAUCAUAUUGAGCAGCAACUUUUGAAGAACUGGUCUCAGGAAAUUAAACCUUCAAUCCCUCAACUCUCUGAUUUUGCCCUCAAUCCAGCGUCUUUUCUUCUGUUCACUGUCCUUCAUCACUCUUGUUGUUUUCUUCACUCGCAUCAAAACAUUUUGUCAGGUCAGGGUCACAUUCUCACCUCUGGUAUAAUUGCAGGGACAAUAGAUGGAGAACUAAA